GGGGCCGCAGCUUCCGGCUGGAGGCCGAGGUGCUGCAGUGGUCGGGAGUGUCCCCUGCUGCCUCCCCACUCUCCCUUCGAUCAGCUGCCUUUCUGAAUCAGAUGAGAAUUUUGUCAUUCUUUUCUUACUGGAAAAAAAAAAAAACGUGACUCAUCUGUUGGUACAGCAGCUGGAUGGCUUGUGCCAGGCCAUUCUGAACAGCCAGGUGUCAUGUGACUGGCAGCUGCUGCACGUGUGGAGAUGCUCUCAGUGGUGGAGAAUGGACUGGACCCCCGGGCUGCCAUCCCGGUCAUCAAGAAGAAGCUGGUGGGGUCAGUGAAGGCACUGCAGAAGCAGUACGUGUCCUCCGACACAGUGGUCACCAGUGAGGAUGGGGAUGCCAACACCAUGUGCAGCGCCCUGGAGGCUGUGCUCAUCCACGGCCUGCACGCCAAGCACAUCCGUGCGGAGGCCGGAGGAAAGAGGAAGAAAAGUGCCCACCAGAAGCCGCUGCCUCAGCCCGUCUUCUGGCCCCUCCUGAAAGCCGUGACCCACAAGCACAUCGUCUCUGAACUGGAGCACCUGAUCUUUGUCAACACAGACGUGGGCCGCUGCCGGGCAUGGCUCCGCCUGGCCCUCAAUGACGGCCUGAUGGAGUGCUACCUGAAGCUGCUGCUCCAGGAGCGGGCGCGGCUGUGUGAGUACUACCAGCCCACAGCCCUGCUGCGGGACGCCGAGGAGGGCGAGUUUCUCCUCAGCUUCCUGCAGGGACUGACAUCGUUGUCCUUCGAACUCUCAUACAAGUCUGCCAUCCUAAACGAGUGGACGCUCACCCCAUUGGCCCUCUCCGGGCUGUGCCCGCUUUCUGAGCUCGACCCUCUCACUACCUCUGGGGUGGAACUCCAGCGGGAGGAGUCUCUGGAUUCCAUAUCCCAUUCCUCGGGCUCAGAAGACAUUGAAGUCCAGCACUCCGGCCAUAAGAUUCAUCAGAACAGGAAGCUCACUGCUUCGUCCCUCAGCCUGGACACGGCCAGUUCAUCGCAGCUCUCCUGCAGCCUGAACUCCGAUAGCUGCCUCCUCCAAGAGAAUGGCUCCAAGAGUCCAGAGCGCGCUGAGGAGCCCAUGUCCUACGACUCGGACCUGGGGACGGCAAAUGCUGAGGAUUCAGACCAGUCUCUGCAAGAGGUGUUGUCGGAAUUCAGCAAAGCCCAGGCAAACUCUGUGCCAACCAGCACACUGAUCCGAGAGACGGAGACUCCGGCACACCAGGCGCCUCUCACGCUUCACAGCCUCGGCUCCAGCACCCCUCUCCUGCGCUUCGAUGUGCCUGCAGGGCCACCCCCUGCCCAAGCCUCCUCUCCAACUCCAGAUGGGGACCACAAGCAGGAGCCAUGUUCACAGGGACCUGGCCCGGUCCCUUCCGGUGGCACCUCGGCUCAGAUGGCGUCCAGUCCUGUGGGAGAGAAGGCCGGAGCAGCUCCCCUAGGAAGUGGCCCAGAGAAGCCCCUAGGGGGUGACCGAGUUGGGCUAAACCUUGUGGUCUCCUCGCCCACCAGUCCGAAAAGCAAGAGCUGGAUCUCAGAAGAUGAUUUCUACCGGCCUCCCCCGGGGCAGCCCCCAGAGAGUCUCUCUCAGCCCUCCCUGGCUUCACCCAAAGGGACUCCAGAGUCCAGGCCUGGUCUCCACAGGCACAUUUCACAAGGGCCCAGAAAAAGCCACUCCAUGGGGGCCUUAGACCAAGCGUGUGUGCCUUCCCCAGCAAGCAGCAGAAUCAAGGCAGCCGCUGUGCAGGAGCAUAAGAACUUCUGGGUGGUGCACCGGAGGCAGAUGGGGCUGUCCAACCCGUUCCGGGGCCUCAUGAAGCUGGGCACGGUGGAGCGGCGGGGGGCCAUGGGCAUCUGGAAGGAGCUCUUCUGCGAGCUCUCCCCACUGGAGUUCCGCCUGUACCUGAGCGACGAGGAGCGCACCUGUGUGGAGAACUGCUCCCUGCUGCGCUGCGAGGCGGUGGGGCCGGCCCACAGCGACGGCCGCUUCGAGCUGGUCUUCUCUGGCAAGAAGCUGAUGCUGCGGGCCUCCUCGCAGGAUGAAGCCGAGGACUGGCUGGACCGGGUGCGCGAGGCCUUGCAGAAGUGCCGACCUCAGCCGGAGGACGAGUGGGUCAACAUCCAGGACCCCGACCAGACGGAGGACCUCCCGGAGGCGCCCCAGGGUGCCCUCCCCUCCCACCCGGACCCUGAAACCUCCCAGGGGACGCCGUUUGAUUGGUCAUCUGCCCAAGUGCCAGAGCCAGAUGCCAUCCAAGAAUCCCUUCUGUACCUAUACUUGGACAGGAGCUGGGUGCCCUACAUUUUCUCCCUGUCCUUGGAGUCUCUGAAAUGCUUCCGCGUGAGGAACAGGGAGAAGACACUAAGCGACAGCCAUGGAGUGGAGACCAUCCGAGACAUCCUGCCCGACACGAGCCUCGGGGGCCCGGCCUGCUUCAAGAUCCUUACAGCCAAGGCCGUCCUGAAGCUGCAGGCCAGGAGUGCUGAGGAGGCCGCCCUGUGGCGGGGCCUGGUGCGCCAGGUUCUGACGGCCUACCUGGAGACGGCCGAGGAGGCGGUGACCCUCGGUGGGGGUCUGGAUGAGAGCUGCCAGGAGGGGCUGAAGUUCGCCAUGAGGGAGAACGGGUUCCUGCUGCAGUACCUGGUGGCCAUCCCCACGGAGAAGGGCCUCGACUCCCAGGGCUGCUUCUGUGCAGGGUGCUCCCGGCAGAUCGGCUUCUCAUUUGUGCGACCCAAACUCUGUGCCUUCUCUGGUCUCUAUUACUGUGACGCCUGCCACCAAGAUGACGUCUCGGUGAUUCCGGCCAGGAUCAUCCACAACUGGGACCUCACUAAGCGCCCGAUCUGCCGGCAGGCCCUGAAAUUCCUGAUGCAGAUCAGGACCCAGCCCCUCAUCAACCUGCAGCUGGUGAACGCCUCGCUAUACCAGCACGUGGAGCAGAUGCACCUCAUUGGGCGGAGGCGGGAGCAGCUGAAGCUGCUGGGGGACUACCUGAGCCUGUGUCGGAGUGGGGCCCUGAAGGAGCUAAGCAAGAGGCUCAACCACAGGAAUUAUCUCUUGGAGUUCCCCCACAAGUACAGCGUCGCCGACCUCCAGCAGCUCGCCGAGGGCGGGUACGAAGCGUUCCUCAAGUCCCUGAUUGAGUUCGCCUCCCAGCACGUCUACCACUGUGACCUGUGCACCCAGCGGGGCUUCAUUUGCCAGAUCUGCCACCACCAUGACAUCAUCUUCCCCUUUGAGUUUGACACCACAGCCAGGUGUGCUGAGUGCAAGACUGUCUUCCACCAGAGCUGCCAGGCCACGCUGAAGAAGGGCUGCCCCCGCUGUGCCCGCCGGCGCAAGUACCAGGAGCAGAACACUCUGACGUAACCCCGCCCUCCUGGCCCCACCAGGCCACAGGCGUGAGGCUGCAGCUCGUGGUCCCGCUGGUUUGCUGUCAGCGUGGUCUGCCCUGUCUCAAGGUGGCACAGCCAGUUCCUCCCAGAGAGGCUAUCCCAUGUGGCUGGAACAGGCGGCCCCACCCGCUGCAGGGGCUGGCGCACCACCAGAAGCCCCUUCCUAGGGUCCCUUGGCACUUGCCAGACCCCGGCUCACUUCACCUCACCACACCUCACCAGCGGCUCCUCAGGGCUGUGGAGACAUUGUGGAAACGAGAUUAGGGGAGCGUUUUCCAUCCGCAUACCUGAGUAAAGGGCUAGUUUUUAAA